UAUAUAAACAGCGUGAGAGGUGGGACAGUAAGCUGUUGAGGUUGACUCUAUCAUGAAGUACUUAACGUGUGCAUUGCUCUCGUUGGCGCUGAUUCCGGCUUUGAUCGGCGCUUUGCCCAGCACUGUGGUGGUGAAUGGCGUUUGCCUGACGUGUCCCAAUCCCAACGGAGAUCCAGUGUAUUUGGAUGGCCAGGAGUAUCGCAGUUUUUCCUCACCCGACAGCAAUGGCAAUGUAGUCAUCUCACGAGGCGGCGGCGGAGGGAACUACAGAGGUCGAGGCACUUUCUAUCAAAGAGGCGGCAACACCAUCGUCAAUGGUCGCUGUGAACACUGCAAUGUGGAUGUUUAAACUGAACCCCUAAGUGAACUAUUAAGUUUAGUAAACAUUUCGAGUUUUGUAUUUACGUAGUACCAUUUUCCCAUGUGUAUUGGAUAUGAAUUCAUUUAGUUAAAAGCUUGGCUUGGCUGGCUGUCUCCAUUCGUAUUGCAGCAGCAAUGAUUGCAAUCGCAAUUGAGGGCAGAGAGCAGAAAGGGAGCAAAUGUCAAUAGAGAAUUUAAAAUUGAAUUUAAAA